AUGCUGUGGCGAAGGGGCGCGUUCCUGGUGUAUACAUCUCAUGGUAUCAACUUCACCUCGGAGGAAUGGCUGUGGCCACUCACGCGGUCUAUCGAUAGGGACGAGUGCAAGCAACAUACGCUCGGUUUCUCCGGCGCUCAAUAUAAGAAGUUUGAGAGCAAUGCUGAGGCGAAUGCCUACGUCGCAUCCUUCAGUGUCGAACGAGAGACCUCCACGAACGCCGCAGCUGUAUCGCUGUCUAUCAAGGGCCAGAGCAACACCGUCAAAUUCGGAUACUAUGCUGUAGCGGUAGGCCGUACUCCCGGUGUCUACUCGUCAUGGGAUGAGUGCAAGAAGCAUACUUCAGGCUUUUUCGGCGCACGAUACAAGAAGGUCGCGACCGCGGCAGAAGCAGUUGUCUACCUCGUCACGUUUGGUGUCCAAUGGAAGAUUCCAGCCGGGGGGCAACGGCCGUGCCGCUGCCUAAGCUGGACCCCUUCAAUAGCACGUCCAACCGUGAUGAGCUAUGGUUCUACGCUGUUGCUGAGGGACGCGGGCCUGGUGUUUAUGGAUCAUGGCUUUCCCGGCGCGAGAUGGAAGAAGUUCCGGAGCGAGGAGCAAGCGCGUGCAUAUGUCGAUGCUUUCGAUGCCGAGCAUGAUGUUAUCUAUGUGGAUGGCUCCUGUACGAAGAACCAGCAAGGGCAAGAUCGCGCGGGGAUCGGCGUAUGGUGGGGUGAGAACGAUCCGAGAAAUCUCGCAGAGAGAUGCCCAGGCGAAGCGACAAGCACUCGUGCUGAGCUCUACGCGAUAGUGCGCGUCCUCGAGACGGCACCUCACACCCGCAAGCCAUUCAUCAUAAAGACCGAUUCUCGGUCUUGUAUCCAAUGUUUACGACUGUGGCUACCGAGAUGGGAUAGCGAAGGUCCCCGGCUCAAGCCCGUCAAAGAUGCCGAUAUGAUGCGCUAUCUCGACGGUUUGCUUACUCAACGCGCUCUGGAAGGACAAAAGGUGCAUUUGCGACACGUCCCCGGUCAUUCUGGCAUCGAAGGCAAUUUGGGUGCCGAUAAGCUGGCCAAACAGGGUGCGAUGGAGUCCGAUGUCCCGGUGCGUGACUGGGGGGCGCUGAUGGCGCGUGUGGAUGUUGAGGCGAGUGACGCCGCGCUGCAGGCAGCUGCGCGAAGUGUGAACCGUGGAAGGGCUGGGCUUAGACUGCUUGAUGGUUGGAUGAUGCCGUGGAUCGCGGAUCAUGAAGCGGGGAAGACCUAG